AUGUCAGAACUCAUCGAUCGAGCAGUCCCUAGAGACUCUAUAGUUCUCGUGACUGGCGCGAAUGGGUUCUUGGGCUCACAUAUUUCUGACCAAUUCCUUCAUCAUGGCUAUCGAGUCCGGGGUACCGUUCGCAACCUUGAGAAGAACGCCUGGCUCGAGAAACACUUUGAAGGAAAGUACGGAGCUGGGCGAUUUGACCUCGUCCAGGUCGCUGAUAUGGCCGCCGAAAGGGCCUUUCAUGCAGUGAUCAAAGGUGUCUCCAUCGUCGCCCACACAGCUUCCGUCGUGUCCCUUGAUCCAGAUCCGAACAAUACGAUCCCUCUGGUUAUCUCUGGUUCACUCAACGCUUUAAAGGCAGCGUAUGAUGAACCGAGUGUAAAACGGUUUAUAUGCACCUCGUCCUCUGCCUCCGUAUAUAAUCCACUGGAUGAACCUGGAAACAUUGUGACCCAAGAUACCUGGAACGAAGAAGCCAUCCGAGAAGCCUGGAAGGAGCCGCCAUACCAACCUGAGAGAGGAAUGAUGGUAUACGCCGCUGGUAAAACGCAGGCAGAAAAGGAGAUUUGGCGAUUUCACAAGGAGCACCGUCACGAGCGGGCGGAUUUGGUAGUGAACACAAUUCUUCCUUCCACCAAUCUGGGCAGACCACUUGACCCAGUCAAUCAAGGCUAUCUAAGCACGUCUGGCUUCAUCCCGCUACUCUGCAAGGGCGAAACAUCGCCUAUGCACCCUUUCUUUCCACGCCAAUACUACGUUCACGUUCAAGAUACUGCUAGACUUCAUGUUGCUGCAGCUAUUCUUUCAACUGUGAAGGACGAAAGAAUUUUCGCAUUUGCUGGAAGGUUUAGCUGGGAUAGAGUUUUGUCCCUCUUGCGAGAGGCUCAGCCCACCAAAACCUUUCCAGAUGAUUUUUCAGGUGGGGAUGACCCCCAUGAGGUCCAAGACCGGGACAAGGCGGAGGAUCUACUUCGUGUGCUGGGUCGCCCAGGGUGGACGAGUUUGGAGGAAUCAGUCACGGACAACAUUCGGCACCUGUAA